AAUUGAUAUAAAUAACCAGUUGCUUGCGGUCAUGCGUAUUAUCCCAGUUCGUGUUGAGAACUAUACGAUACUUUUAGAUACUUUGCUAGAACCCAAUUUGCAGAUAUUUUGUGCGCAAAAAUGGAUUAUAUUAAAAAGGAUAAAUAUUCUGCAUCGAAUCAAGCCUGUCCUCCAUGGCAAACCAGAAACCGUUCACCAUUAAAUGUUCACCACAGAAGAAAAGAUGAAACUAGUUGUGAUAUGUAUGCAAGAGGUGCAAUUUGUAGGCCUGAGAGGAGACAAGACUUAGUUGCACGUCACAGGCCUCCAAGAUUUAAUUCAAGAGAAAGUGAAUGGCGGCCACCGCCGCAACAUGAUUAUCAUCUAAAAAACUCCCGACCCCCAUAUUCAUCUGAAUUUAACCGAAAGAGAUCACCCUCAAGAUCAUCUGGUUUGCAACACAGAGAUCCAAGAGGCAAUAUCUCCUCUCACGUCGGCAACUGUGCGAAUAUUCUUGCAAAUAAGACAGCAGAGAACAAUGAAUAUGAAAAUAUGUCUGUCCUAAAUAAGAAUUUGAAUGCAAAAAAUGAAAAUGAAAAUGACGCAAACUUGUCGGGCACCGAUUCAUCAAAUAUGGCUGAGUUUUCUGAGAUUGAAGAUCUGGUGGAAAAUCCAAUUAAAACUGUACCUGCUGUUGCUCAAGAAGUCCAGCAACCUGUUAUUUCUGAAACCAAAGAUUGUGGGUCACUUGAAACGGGCAGCCAUAUAUUAAGUGGAUCAUCAGACCAUCUUGAUUUAAGCGAUCUGGAGAAUUUCCUGGAUGAAGAAUUUCAAAGUAAUUCUCCUAUCCUGUCAACCAAGCAAAGCAACCACAGUGAACAAUUCUCCUCUAAAGAAGAUGACUUGCCUUGUAGUGUGGCAUCAAAUGUUUCAGAAGAUAAGAAACAGAGCGGCAAACUUAACACUCCACAAACUUCAGUUGAUUAUUCGUAUUUAUCGGAGAUUUUGGAUAAAUCUAAUAAACAAACACCUGGUUCUAACCAACCAGUUUCCAAGGUGAAAUAUGAACAACCUACGCCAAAUAAAACAUCUGUGACAGUUGAUAAAAAUCAGAAAAAGAAAAGCAAAAAAACGACAAGAUUCACAAAAAAAAGAUCAUCUACCUCAAACAAAAAGUGGCGGUCACCAAAACGAAUUUGUUCAAAAAGUUUGGAAGUGGAUAUAAAAACUGAAAACCCGGAUGCAAGCCAGAUAAAAUAUCCAAUGAACGAUAAACAGAAUUUGAGUCAAAGUAAACAAUUCGUGGAAAAAAGUGGUGGUCAGUUGCCAAUUUUAAAUUCCAACACUCAAAAUCCUAGUAAUGUUGCAAUGUCUUUAUCACACAUGAAGGAAAUUAAUGGUGCUUCUAAUAGACCUCAAGAAGUGGGACCACAAACAAAAGAAACUGUUAGAAAACCUUCAGAUACUAAAAAAUGUGAAAAUAAUGUGCAAAACAUUGAAAAUAAUGUUUCGCCCAAAAACACCACUUCCAACCAGCCUGUUAACCAGCCUAAUGACCAAGCUCCUAUGGAUGCUUCAUCUGGUAAAGCCAUGUUUCAGGAUAGUCAAUCAAGUCAUCAGUUACAAAGUGCAGAGCCAUUUCAACAGAGGGAAUCUAAUCUUCAGACAUCUAAACAAGCCACAAACCGCACUUCAAGGAACACUGAACCAGCUUGUCUUGACUUACAAGCAUUAAAUGCUGAUUAUGCGUUAAUGAACGAAUACGCACCAGCUGAAGACUGUGCUUCCUUAUAUCUCACGUCAAGGAAAGUUACAACAGGGAACGAAAACAAACCGAAUUCUGUUGAUCAUAAUCAAAAUAUUGUGAAAAGAAUAAACUCAAAAGUUGAUGAAAGUGAAAUUAAGGAAUCCCUUGAUCUUCUUGAGAUGUUGUUAAAGUUUAAUAAUUGCCCCAAAGUGGUGAUGGCAGCUGAUACAUUGCUUCAAGUUUGUAAGGAUUCUAAUAUUCAACAUCCCAGACUUCAUGGGAUGAUGAACAGAGUUAGUGAAAUGCUGGUGAAAUUCAACCAGUUAGAAUACUUGGACAAAGUUAUUGCUGCAGCUGUUGAAAGAAAAAUGAAACUACAAAAUCGAAUUAUUGUCGCGUUGUUUCAUUAUUAUGAAGAUAAUGGACUUACUAGGAAGAUUAAACCUAUUAUACAGAAGAUUUCUCAGCAUGCAUUGCUCAGCCAACAUCUUCUACGUAAUUUAAAAUGCCGGUUUUUGGACAAAUCUCCAGAAAAACAAAGUGAUAAACAUAACUAUGAAGACAGAAAUGCUGAAAAAUCUUUUAUCGAUUCAAAUAAAUAUGAAGUAGCACAUACCUCCACACGGAGUCAGCAGAGUGCAAAUCGAGGUUCGAAACGGAAAAACUCUGAUUCUCGUAACUAUUCUGAUCCAAAAAGUUCUGAAGCUCGGGAUAAAAGAGGAAAUUAUGGUCCACAUAAGUCAUUUCGCAAAUCCAAAAGCAUCGAUUCCGAAACCUUUGUUGAUAAUAAACAUAAACCUGAUGGAAGUAACACGGACUUAUCCAUGUUGUUGAUGAACAGAACAUCAAGACACAAAAGAAGGACACCAGGCAUAGAUGCAACAGACAAGUCAAACCUUGUGUCAAAGUUUCAGAGUGCGGCAAGCAGAGAGGAUUGGACGGCUCUUGGUAAAAACUUUGUCCAACUUUUAUUUCUGAUUAAUUCGAAGCAAACAGAAGAAGACAUGCUGCUUACAUUCGUUGGAAUAAUGUCCGUUAACAAAUUAUUUGACGCUUCAGUGUUUAUUAAGUUCGACAAAGCUGCAAGAAUGCAUUUCAAAGAUUAUAAAGACGUACAGAUACUCAACAGAUGUCUGGCAAGAAUUGCUAUAUCGCUUGUAUAUAACAGUGGAAUUAAGUUUGCUCAUGGUGUUAUAGAGUAUAUGGUUUCUACAAGUCUGGAUUAUAUUACCACAUGCCCUGUGCCGAGCAAAGAUUCAUCAAGUGGAAAAUGUUUUAACGCAAUCAAGUGUCUUAAAAUAUGCAUACAGAUGGAAGAUUAUAAGUUGGCUGUUAAACUUAUUAAAGAGUUUUUCAUAGUACAUCAUGUAGAUAUAAUAGGACCUGUACAAGGAAAGACAGUUUGUGAAUUACUAAAUCUGAUUGCGCAACAAUUACUCGAGUUACAUGACAUUCAUGAAAGCUUGAUUUGUAUUCAGUCAAUACCCCUCAAGUAUUCUAAAGGUAUGGAGGUGAAAGUCCUCGAACAGAUCCUGAAACAUCUCCUCACAACAUCCACAGAGGAGAACGUGAUCUCCUCUAUUCACAUCACGCUGGAUCAACUUCUCAAUCGAAAUUUUAUUUCAAAUCUUUCGCUCGUCCGACAAAUUAUAAAUAACGAAGGGGUGGCGAACGCAAACGUGCUUGAAGUUUAUAAAUACAUGGAAAACAGAGGAAUUUACACUUACCCGAAAAUAGAUCAAUUUCCUCACUUAGUUCUUAUCCCCCACACUAUGGGUCUUGUGGAAAUGUCGCUUGCAUUAUACAGGCAUUUGGUUGAACUGUCAAUAUUUCUUACUGAAAUUCAAGAAAAACUGAAACGUGAUCUUCCAUUGCGAAUUGUGUUGACACAUAAUACUGGAGCUUUGGCAGAUCUUUCUGAAAAUAAAGAUAAGAUGAAGGCGUAUAAUGACAGUGAGAAUCGCUUGGUUGAAACAUUACGAACAUGGAUGAUACCAGCGUUGAAUAUACAGAAGAAAUUUAUGAUGAAGCAACCUAACGAGGUAAUGAUUAACGUGGAUGGGUUAACAGUUCUACAAUGGAUGCUUACUAACACUGACUACCAGGAACAUGCUACACCAGGCCGACACCGCACACAAAACCAAACAACUGAAAAUAUUGCAAGUUCCGUGCUGUCUGUGCUUCAUGAUAUCAUUCGUAAGAAGAUGCCUUCUAUUCCAUGAACAAGUUAUCAAGAUGUUGGACACAAACAAAUACAGACAAUUUAUUUAUUUUUAUUUUAAAACAACAUAAGUUCCUUUUAUCAUGCACCUCAUUUCUUAACUACUAUGUUCUUUAUCAUGUUCUGUGAAAUAAAUUCUUUUCGUUAUGUUA